UCAUUUCUUCUUCUAACAUUUUCUAGAACCCGCUUCCCAGCUUUUUCUACCUGCUUCUAUCCAUCAUCAUCGUGAAUAUUCAGCUGAAGGUGAUCGAUCAUGGCGGUUUACCGAUGGAAAACCUUCGCAGAGGACGAAGACCGACCCGAUAAACCUCGCAGGUUCGGUGUAACGGAGAUCCGCGGCCCAAAUCACACCUCCCUCUUCUCUCACACCUUGCUUCAGGAUAUGAUGGAGUCAAUGGGUCAGUUUGUUGAUGGUCUAAAGUUUACAGGAGGCUCUGAAAGUUUAAUGCCAAAAUCAUUCAUUAAAGAAGCAACAAAAUUGGCCCAUGAACAUGAUAUAUAUGUUAGCACUGGUGAUUGGGCUGAACACUUGUUACAAAAAGGUUCAUCUUCUUUUAUAGAGUAUAUAGAGGAAUGUAAGCAGCUGGGAUUUGAUACAGUUGAGCUAAAUACGGGCUCGCUCGAGCUGCCUGAAGAAACUCUGUUGAGAUACAUACGGUUGAUUAAGAGCCACGGGCUUAAAGCCAAGCCUCAAUUUGCUGUGAAGUUUAAUAAGGCUGAUAUUCCUCCAACGCGUGCAAGAGCGUAUGGUGCUUAUGUUGUUCCAACGCCUCGAACGUCUGAACGUGUAGAAGACGUUGAUUUAUUGAUCAGAAAGGCUGAAAGAUGUUUGGAAGCUGGAGCGGAUAUGAUAGUAAUCGACGCUGAAGAUGUUUGUAAGUACGCUGAUUCGGUUAGGGCCGAUAUUAUAGCGAAGGUGAUUGGGCGUUUAGGAAUCGAAAAGACCAUGUUUGAAGCUUCAAAUGCCAAAACAUCUGAGUGGUUCAUUAAGCAAUAUGGUCCCAAUGUUAAUCUUUUUGUAGAUCAUUCUCAAGUGCUGGACUUGGAGUGUCUCCGAGGGCGUAACCUGGGAAAGAACCAUAAAUCGGUUCUUGAUUCCUGGUUUUUAUAGUUAAAAAGUUUGUCAACAUGUGGUGGUUAUGGUUGUGAAACUGUUGUUUUUGUAUUUCUGUCCAAUGUGUCAUGUGUGUGUGCUAAGAACAGUUAAUAACAGAACAUGGAUUUUCCUUGUCUCAUUUUGUUUUU